AUGGAAGAGAAGUGAGUUUAUAUUGCUUUAAUUUUAUCUUGGUUUAGAUCUUCUCUCUCUUUGAGCAUAAAGUCUCGUGGAAAUGUCUUGAACGGCGACCGAGAAGUGGCAUCAGUCUUCAAUCAAGACUCGGAAUCAGAGGAAGAAGCUCCAGCAUCAGCCGAAGAGAAAUUUCGACAGAAGUACGGAAAUAAAAAGGAAAAGGAUGAACGGGCAGUAAAGAAGGUUUUGGAAGAAGAUAAAACUGUCUACGAUUAUGAUGGUCAUUAUGACGAAAUGGAAAGGAGAAGAGAGGAGAUCAAAUCAAGUAAGAAACAAUCGGAUAAAGAUGGUGGGGUAAGUAUCUCUUUUAUUUUCUUCGUUUUUAGAGCUCACGGAUAAUAAAAUGUGGUUAAUUUACAGCCCAAAUACGCGGAUAAGCUGCUCAAAGCGAAACAGCGCCGUGAUUUGGAGAAACUGAUCAUAGAAGAGAGAAAACAGGACCGAGAAAGAGCUGCAGAAGGAGACGAAUUCGAGGAUAAAGAGGCAUUUGUGACAGAAGCCUACAAAAAGCAGAUUGAAGAGAAAGAAAAGUUCCGGAAGGAGUUAGAGGCCGAAGAAAAGAUAAAUGGUAUGUUUCGAAGCUCUUUGUCAUUUUAUAUUAACAUUUAUAUUGCUUCAGAGAUAAACGAUGUGACCAAAUCCAGUAUGUAUCGUGAGACCUUUGCCAAGAAGUUGUUGGAUGACGCAGCGGCCGAAAGGGAGCUCAUAAUCAAAGGUCCGAGCGUGCCAGAGGUUAAACAAGAAGAAGAGCUGUCAAAAGAGAAUGAAACUAAGACAACAUCCAAGGCCGGAGGAAAGAAGAAAUUUGUGCCAUUCACCGACUCGGAAGAAAGUGAUGGCCCUGUAACCCCACCGCCAGAGACUUUAAAGGCCGGAUUGAAUGUGAAGAAGCCGAAAGAAGAGACAGAAGACAGUAGAAAAGAGAGAACACGCGAAAAGGAGAGACACAGGAGUCGAGAGAGAAACAGAAGCCGAGAUAGAGAUCGUGAUACGAGGCCAAGAAGUCGAGAUCGAGACAGGAGAGAUCGAAGGGACGAUCGAGGACGAAGGGACUCAAAAUAUAGUAGGGAUGAUAAAUACCGAAGAGAUCACAGAGUAAGUCAUGGAGAAUAUGACUGUAGCGCAAUCUUAGCUUAAUAAAGUGAGGUGUAUUGGGUGUCAAUAGAAAGCUCGUGAAGAGUACUCCUUAGUCAUGUCUUUAUUUUUGCCAAAACCGUUUGGUUUUAUUUACUAGAUCAAAAAUAUUAUACUUGUUAUACCAUGUAUAAUAUAAAGUGAUUCUCGAGACUUGAAAUGGGUGUAUGGUUUUUUCUAUAACAAAACAGUAGCUAUUAUUGUAGAAUGUGUCUGUAUGAGAGUUUUACGAAGAUUUAACGACUGUAUAUACCAUGAAAUUACGUCAUAUUAUACAUGAAGGACCAGUUUUUUUAUGACAGUGAUUUCGUAGGGUAAUAUUGGACGUAGCGAAAAACGUGGCUAGAUAAUGAAACCACUCGUUAGGGGCUUUCAAAUUAUAGGUAAUACCACCUUUUCGUAACACAUUUACUAUUGCGCUACCUUGUUCAUUUACAAUAUCUAAUAUCUAAUUUUAGGUGGAUAAACACCGUGAUUCCCGUCGCCGUUCUCCAGAAAGACGAUCCAAGAAAGUUUCUAUAUCUCCUGUAAGAAGAUCAACCCGACAGUCCAAGUCUCCGCCCAGAAAACGAUCAAAAUCCCCAAGGAGAAGGUCACCUUCGCCGAGGAGAAGGUCGGAAAAACGAAGAUCUCCCGAAAGGAAACGCUCAGAAUCUCGCACCGAUCGCAAAAAGGACAAGGAUGUGAAGCCAAGAACAAAGAAGGCCAGUUCGGAUUCGGAUGAGGAGCUGCUGAAGAAGGAAGCCAAUGGAACGCUAACAUCUCGAGAAAGACAAUUCCUGGAACAAAAACGACGCAUGAAGAAGGUGAAGAAAGUCUUGGCACACCGAAAUAACCAAGACCAAAUCGACGCCUAUAUGAAAAGGUACUUCAAACGACGAGAAGAAGGCCUAAUUGAGCCCCCAAUUGUUGGACAAGACGAGAAAAUCAAGUACUAA